AUGCGUGCAAAGGAGCGUGAGAGGCAGGAGCAGGAAGAGCUGGAACGGCAGAAGCAAGAGUUUCUGGCAAGCCUGCCAGAGCGGAACGAGGACGACAGUCUGCCAACCCGCUUGAUCGCUGCUUGUGCAUACAUGCUGCCACUCCUGGAUGCCGCUGAGCGCUUUGGUUGGCCUUUGGCGCUCAUGAACCCAACGAUGGCAACCUUUAUGCAGGCGCUCAAUGCACCGAUGGCAUUGCUCAGUGCUGUUCCGUUCGGCCUUGGAUUUUUGCUCGUCUUCAUUGGCAUGCAGUUUGUAGCGAACAACCCUGAAAACCCAGCCUUGGUGCGCUACAACAUGAGAUGGAGCUCCCUGGCUUGA